AUGGAGUACCAAGACUACAAUCUUUCAAACACACUAAACGACCUACGCCAAGUUGAUUUCUCAAAAUAUGACCAAAGAGAGCAACUCUAUCAUUUUGAGCUCUUAUCCAUCAUUGAAAACACAUCUAAUGCUUCUACUAUUUCAAAUAUCUUCAUGGAGCUCACUUACCUUUUGGCUCGUUACCUUGGUCCAAAUUACGAAUACACUGAGGUAAGCCCAUUUUUGACAGACAACAGUUCUCCAAUCACUUAUUACAUCACAAGCAUCAGAUAUGCCUAUGCCAUGCAUUUAUGUCGUUGCCUUGAUAUUUCCAUCAAUGUUUCCAAAGAUAUGCUUGAAUCAACAGAAAACCUUCAAGGCAUUAUACAGAAAGACUUAUUGUUUUUACUAGACAACCAAAAAUUAAACUACGAGGACACAAAUGAGCUAAUUGACCAAGGCUCAUCAAGCCUCUAUAUUUUUGCUGAUUAUCUGCGUAAAGCCAUUCCUCAUAUAAAGUCUCUUAAUCUUCAAGAAAUCGAUAAAAAUUUUUUCUUAGCUGUAUCCAUUUAUUUUGGAUUUUAUAGAAAAGACCAUGAUACGCUAUGAAUGCAAGUCAGUGGGGUAAUGCCAAAACUGCUAGAGAAAUACUGUGAAGACUAUAAAAGUGAUGGCUAUUUGGAUAUGAUUGGCCCUGAAAUUUAUACAUUUUUUAAAUUUAACGAGCAAAUGCAGAGGAAAUAUUUGAGGGAUAUAAAUAUGUGGAUAAUGGCAAAUUACUCACAUAGAUUGGAGCAAUUUAAUGAAAGCUUUUCUGAGGUUAAGGACACUAUAGAUAGAGAGGAAUUUUCAAUUGCGAGAAAAAAUGAAUGCGAAAAUGCGUUAAAGGAGGCAGUGAACAUAUAUUCUGCAUUUAUAUACCAUAAUUGGCCUGCUAGUGCAAUAAAUAUAAAACUAGCAGAGAAAAUUAUUAUCAUGUAUAAAUGGGCAUCUUUUAAAUUGAUGGAAUUGAAGGAUUAG